CUGUUCAGACUUGUUGAACUAGUUUCAUUUCAACUACUUGUAAUUUGUUUCCUUAUUUCUUACAGUGGUACAUCUCUAAUAUUGCUAGAGAUGUCAUAAGGCCGAUUAGAAGGUCGAGUUCAGUGGGUGCAGACCUACAAGAUCAUAUUCCUCUUGUUGAUGAUGUAUCGAACAGUAGGAUUCGUCCCCCAAAACCGAGCUCUGAAGCCAUGGAUGAUUGCCCUUCUUGUUGUCUUAUCACUGACCGUGGUGGGGGUGACCAUUGGUCUUCUGACUCUCUUCUCAGUCUCUGGUGACAAAAUGGAAUAUUAUCAUGGGACAUUUACAGUCUCAGAUCUCCACAUCAUCAGCAAUUCUGGACAAAAGAUCACCUGCCAAAUUAAGGACCUACAGGAGAUGAGUGAAAAUUUGGUGGAUGAGAUAUUUAUUGAUUCGGCCUUAAGCAAGCACUAUAUCAAGAACCAAGUAGUCAGACUGACUCCAGAGGGACAUAGUGUGACAGCAGACAUCAUCAUGGUAUUCCAGUUCCCAUCCACUUGGCAGAGGAAAAUAAGAGAGAAGAAAAUCCAUAGCACCUUAAAUCGGAAGAUAAGGAAUACAAGAACUUUGCCAAUAAAUAUUUCAUCAGUUCAAGUUAAUGCAAUGAGCUCAUCAACAGGAAAGCUAAUUUUCCAAGCAUGUUGUGGUAAAAGAGCUGCACCACUAGUAGUCAACAGAAUAAUGUCUGGAGAACUUGCACCUAAGGGUGCCUGGCCUUGGCAAGCUUCCCUUCAGCGCAGUAACAUCCAUCAGUGUGGGGCCACCUUGAUUAGUAACACCUGGCUAGUCACUGCGGCACACUGCUUUAAAAAUAGUGUGAAUCCACGCCAAUGGACUGUUAGUUUCGGAACAACAAUAAACCCUCCCUUAAUGAGAAGAAACGUCAAAAGGAUUAUUGUGCACGAGAGGUACCGCUCCCCGGCGAGAGAGUACGACAUAGCUGUGGUCCAGCUCGCCUCCAAAGUCACAUUCUCGGACGAUGUCCGCCGCAUCUGCCUGCCGGCUGUCUCCGCAUCCUUCCGGCCGAACUCGACCGUGUACAUCACGGGAUUUGGGGAGCUGUACUACGGCGGAGAAUCCCAAAACAGUCUCCGGGAAGCCAGAGUAAGGCUCAUCAGUAAGGACAUCUGCAGGCAACCGUACGUGUAUGGCAGUGACAUAAAGUCCGGGAUGCUUUGUGCUGGGUAUCUGGAAGGCAUCUAUGAUGCAUGCAGGGGUGAUUCUGGGGGACCAUUAGUUAUACAAGAUCUUACAGAUACCUGGUAUCUUAUUGGAAUCGUGAGCUGGGGAGAUAAUUGUGGUCAAAGGAACAAACCGGGAGUCUACACAGAUGUCACUUAUUACCGACGCUGGAUUGCUAGAAAAACAGGCCUCUAACUCAUCAUAAAAGUUAUGAAAAGAGCUGUAUGCAGGUCAUACGUGCAUGAAAUCCAGACACUCAGUGGGCAUGGUACAAUGGAGUGAGAUUAAGUGACAACCUGGCAGCAUGAUACACUUUACAUGAUUUAUUUUAGAGUCGCAUUGGUUAAACAAUAGUGCAUAGCUAAUUUAUAAGAUAAUUUUUAUUUGGAAGGUAAUGGGUCAGUUUAUCCUGCUUGAAAUGACAGCUGAAAUAUUCAGCUCUUUAAAUCAAGUAAAUUGGAGCAUAAUGAAGAUGUAGGACCAAUGCUUGAAGACAGUCUGUGAGAUUCUCGUGGUGCCUUUGCCAUGGUGUCAGUCAGAAGCAUUCUGAACUUUCAAAGAGGUCAGGAAACUCAAUAAUUCCCUAUCAUCUCUCCAGAACUCACAAAUGCUUUUUUUUCAUUUUCCUUAUUCUUCCAUGUUUUCCAAAUGUUUCUCCACCAAAAUAAAUAAAUAAAUUUGCUGCUUUUAAAGCAUUUUAGGCCCUCUUAUAGAGGAGGUAGAAAACAAAGCCUGGCAGAAGAAACCUCUAAAUUUUUUGUGAUUUUUUUUUAACACACACACACACCACCCUACAGAUAUAUUUAGAGAAAACAUGGUUAACAAGAUAGUAAUUGCUUAAUCAAAAUGUAUUUUUGUUAUGAAAAUUUGGGGGAAGGUGAUGGUAACUAGUAACUUUUUAUGGGUCCAGGAAUUUAUUUUAAAGAUGCACUUAACAUUUGUUGAUCACCAGGGGGUGAUUUUGUCCAUUGUUACUGUAAGGUUAAAUGACUGGAAACAAUUGAGAAUUUACUAGUAACCAGAAGAGUCAAAGAACAUGGUUUUUCUACAUAAAAAGGAAAGGUUUAUCCCCUUGAAUUUCUACCAAAUUUACCCCUAUUGAUUGAGGGCUACUGCAAUCAUGGAAUCCUAGUGUUUUAAGAAAUUAUGUUUUUAAAUAAAUAUAAAAAUGUACCACAUGGAAUACAGGAGCAAAGUAGUCUGAAAAGGAAAACAUACUUUCUAAGCAAAGUGUCCCAUUAACUCAUUAGGAGAGUUAGGCUUCUGUAUUCCAUACAACAAUUGAAUGAAGGCUUCAUGGAAACAUUACUCUGUUUGGCAGUGCCUAUCAAACACUGGGGCUUGCAGGCUGGCCAUUAUUUACUCACACAGCACAAAUAUAAGCCAAACCAUUGGACAAUGAAUAAUGGAACUUCUUUAUUAUUUCCUCCAUGUACUAUUGAGAAGAAAGUAAUCCAGAAGAGAUUCAUAAUUUAUUCACAAAAAAUUAUCCAUAAUUUAAAGUCUCACAAAAUUUUAAAGUUUAGAAAAGAUUGCACAAGUCAUACACUUAUGUUGCCGUUGAGAAAACUGAAGCCAGGAAAUAUAACUGACUUGGUAAUUUGCAUCCUGAGUGGUCCUAAAGCCCAGGAACCAAUUCCAUAUGCUCUUUUUCUUACAAACUAUCUUUAUGGUUGUUUACAUUUAAUAAAUCAUUAGAUCUAUGAAGUUUUCAGUAAAAACUAUUGAAUCUGUCUUAAAUUAGGAAAUGAUUAAGGUUACUAUUUUAAAUGAUUCACUUAGGCAGCUGGCUGCCAAUUCUCUGAACUCAUUUCAGGACACAGUUGCCUCAUAUAAAUAAGUGUAUAUGAUCAUGUAAAUUACUAUGUGUUGUGGUGGUAAGAUAUAAUUUUGACUUUUAGUGUGAAGAUUCAAGAAAUGAUAUUGGAGUUGUGAAAUACAUAUUUGUAAACUGUGCAUGCAACAUUUAAUUUUGGACCACAUGUAAGAAAAUAUAGAUAUAUCAUUUAAAAUUUAAUAAAACUGGUGAUCGGAGCAUUCUACAAACAGUGUCA